UUUCUUUACUGUAAAAAAUCUCGCCUUUUUGUGUGGAUAAUGGGGGCAAAAUGAGAACCCAAAUCUACAACCAAAUGACCCUUUUCACACCAACCUGUGAAAAAAGCUCACUCUUUUCUUUUUCUCUAUCUUAAACAGACCCAGAAUCCUUUUCAAGAUUAUUUUUUUCUUAUUUAUAUUCAUCACUCCCCCGGUAGCUGAGUUGGGUGAAGUUGUUUGGUGAAAAUUGGUUCAUUUUUAUUGGUGGGAUUUUGCACUUUACCUGCGCCUUUCAAACGAGUAGCCUUUAGAUUCUUGCUAUUUUUAAUUGGAUUUUUGGGGGAAAAUUGAUUAUUUCUUUUUAUUGAUGCGUCGUGCGGUGCAGAAAGGAUGUUUUUUCCUAUGUUUUAAAGGGAUUGAAGUUCCUGCUCUUGGUUAUUGAACAUGGCUUCUGAUUGUUCUUAAGGUUUUACAGGUUUGACAAGUCGUGUUUGGUUCAGAAAAUUGAGAAUAAUAGAAUUAUAUCCGGGCAUUGAUUGUUUAAUUGAAGAGUAAUUUUUCCUCAUUUGUUAAUUUUUUAGCUCUUUAUUUCCAGUUCCUAUUAGGGUUCUUGACUAUAGCUUCUCAAGAACAGAACUUUAAUUUUUUUCUUUUGACAGAACCUAGAUAAGUUUUUCUUUGUUCUGGAUAAUCAGGGGCAAUCCGUACUUUUUUUUCCUAUACCCUUUUGAAUCAUAGCAAAGGGAUACUUCUGUUAAUUGUGAUUAAUGCCCUCCAAUUUGAUUUGUCAUUGGCACUUUUCUUGUUUUAGGAUUUAAGAAGUUUUGCCUCUGCUACUUAGAUGAUUGCAACAGGGAGAUUCUGGUUGUAGAACUAGGUUAGUAUUAUCUGCUGUGAGGAAUUGCAGUGAACAUGGAUAUUUGGGUUGUGGCUGCAGCUGCUGGUGCUGGUUAUAUUGCGCAGCAUUGGAAGGAUCUCUUAAAAAGCAGACAUGAUUUUUCAGAAUCAUCUCUUAAGUCUCCUAGUUUUAUAAGAACUGACUCAUUACCGCAUAUGCAGCAAGUCCUGGAUAAUAAUUGUUCCUCCCCUGUUGAGACACCUAGAAUGAAACUAGGCAAAUGUCAUGAUCCAGAAGUGGCUUCCACCAGCAGUUUGGCUGAUGAAAACCUAGAGAUAUCAUGUGAUUCUGAUAAUUGCAAUUUAGCUUCUGGGUUUCUGAGUAAUAAAGAGCUUCAAGGAGAUCAGGGUGGAAGCAUAUGUGAUAACAUCAAUGAACGGGGGUAUGAGUCAUUACUACCCCCGUCUACGACUGAAUUGGCCUUUUCUUAUGGUGGUAAUGCAAGGAAAAAGGGCAGCCUUAGGAGUAGAAGAAAAAUUGGGCAUCUUAUAAAGCCUUUAAAUUCUCUAGAAAGUUGUCUCAUGGCUCAAUUAUACAAGGAACAUGGUGAAGUUGAGAACUAUAUUUUUAGUUCAAACUCUUCACCAUGGACACCAACUGCAAGGCCAUUUGUAGUUACCGAUGGAAGCAGAAUUAUAAGCAGAGGUACGUCUAAUUCCUUAAGUAACCCAAGAGGUGCUGGACAUCAUAAGCUGCAGGAUAACUUUUCACAAUUGAAUACUGUAUUUGGAGUCCCUCAACUACCUAGUGUUGGAUCCAUGGAGCUCCAGGGAAAAGCCAAGGUGAAGGAUCAUUCCGGAAGAUUUAGUGAUAUCAUUAAAAUGAACAAUGAGAGACACGGCAGUUUACAAGGAUCAUCUCGUGGUGUGCUUCUUUUCUGUCUUGGAAUAUCUGUGGGCAUAAUAUCUUCUUUCUGGAAAAAUAGAAAUGAAAUGGAUAAAUUAAAUGAGUUGCUGAGACAGUCAGAGAAUUUGGUUCAAGAUCUACAUGAGGAACUUGAGAUGAAAGAUUCAUUAACUGUGAAAGAGCUUGCCGCUGAAGAUUGUGAGUCACAAGAUACACAUAAUGAUUCUUCAAACAAUGGAGCUUUACAUGAACCUUCCCCUAAAGGGAAGUUGAAUAAGUCGUCAACAAAUUACGAUGAGGACUGUCAAAGCCAGAAGACAGAGGAAGAAUCUAUGAGUAAAAUUGAAGCAGAGCUUGAAGCUGAACUGGAGAGGUUAGAAUUAAGUAUGAACUCGUCUAAGUUGGAGGGGAAACUCGCAGAACUAGAUGAGCUUGAUCCAGACUUUGUGCCAGAUCUAGCUGAGGGGGAGUUAAGAGCUGAACUCUUUAGUAGACAAGCCAGAGGUCAACCUUAUGCAGAUCAGGACGGUAGUGCAACCUCGACCCCUCAUCCUGUUGACUAUGCUGUCUCGCCAAGAGAGCUGAGCUUACGGCUGCAUGAAGUCCUUCAAUCACAAUUAGAAGAACGCCUCAAGGAGCUUGAGAUGGCACUUCAGAACAGUGAGAGGAAAGUUCGGUAUAUGGAAGCAGAACUUGUAAGUUCUUGGAGGGAUUCCUCAAACAGUGAAGGGGGUUCUUCUUCAACCCAUGGUAGUCCUGUAACUAAAGUUGAACAACGUACAGCGGACCAGCCUGUGGUAAUCAAUUUAUCCGGGGAAGCUUUAGAUGCAUAUAACGAGGCUUUUGACGAGUUCACAAGGUUAAAUGAGUCAGAGGAAGAGGAUAUUGCUGUUGCAUCAGGGGUUAAGAACAGCAACCACCAAGAAAACUCGCACAAACGGGAACAUAACUUUGACUUGAUUGAGAAUGGCAGGACGAAUGAUGAAAGUGAAGAUGGUGAUGAUGAGAUGGAAAAGUUGUUAAUUAGGCAUAUUGUUGAGAAAGCCAGGAAAGGCUCUCCAGCAGUUUUAAAUGUGCAGAGAGCUUUGUUCUCACUUGAUGAUAAUGAACAUUGAUAUAUUCUCAAUACAAAGUAAAGAGGAAAAAAAAAAAAGAUUUUUGCAGUUAA